GUCAGCUAACUUCAGCUGAAUAAAAACACCACUACAGUUUAUGAAUACAUGCGAUGGAUGUGGAUUGUUCAUCGUCUAGUUUAAAUAUAAAUAAAAAAAAAUUUCUUUGUACACAUAAAUAUAAGCUGAAAAAUGCCUCUAGGAGUUGCCAAGCCGGUGUGUAUAAAGUGCGGGGGCCAGGAAUCUCCUCUUUGGCACUCGACGGAGCUAGGCAGUCUUUGCAACAAGUGUCUGGAGGAGGAGAGAAACGCUUCUAACUCUGGGAAAAAUGACGAGGAGGAGUCGGGGUCCAAGCCCUCUCGCAAAAGCACCAGGAUCACCAGGUGGUGCAAGCCUGAGAAGAAAAAUGAAUCUUCAGUGCCUCCGACCAUCAAAACUGUCCCUAAAGGCAAGGGUCGAAGACAUAUUUUUAAAAAAACACCAACAAAAGCACCGUCUUCAGUUGCCACACCAGUCACAAGUAAUUUUGUAUUUUAUAAAGGAUCUUAUUUUCAAGUAGGUGAUGUUGUCUCUGUUCAGGAUAUUGAUGACAAUGGAAUUUAUUAUGCUCAGAUCAGGGGAUUCCUUACUGAUCAGUACUGCGAAAAGAGUGCUGCUAUUACUUGGCUUCUUCCUACAGCUACUAGCCCGCCACCAGAAGAAGGCUUCAGCCCAGAAACCUACAUAAUGGGUCCCGAAGAAGACUUACCCCGAAAACUCGAGUGUAUGGAGUUUAUAAUGCACGCUCCGUCUGAUUACUACAAGCUAAAAAAUACUCCAUACCCUCCAGCUUUAACUGAAAGCGCUACGGGAGGUUACAUAUGGACGUCUCUCGGAAAUGAAGCUACAACUUUUUAUAAAAAGUAAUAGAUAUUAUUUGUGUAAAUACAUAUUUAUAAAAUCUAAUAAAUAACUUAUUUUAAAAUACAGGAUUGUAUCAUAGAUUUAUACCAGGA